AUGGGCGGAUUCAAGAAGAUCGAGGACCGGCCCACGCCGAAGGAGGUGUACAACUGGCGCGUGUACAUGCUCGCGAUUAUCUGCGGAUGUGGCGCGCUCACCUUCGGAUAUGAUGGUGCAUUCAUUGGCACCACGAUCGCCCGCCCCUCGUUCAGGGAAGCGAUGGGCAUCGAUAAGAUGACCAAGGCGGAGCAGACGGCCAUGACGACCAAUCUGACCUCGACAUUCACGGGCAGCGCGUGGUUCGGCGCCGUCUUCGCGUGGCCCUGUAUGGAGGCGUUUGGCCGCAAGCGCCCGAUGCAAGUCAGCGCGGUUCUCUUCAACCUCGGCGCCAUUCUCAUGACCGUGACGACGCACAACCUGGGUCUGAUCUACGCUGGUCGCGCCAUCACUGGAUUUGCCGUUGGUGUGCUUACGGCCACAAUCCCUACGUUCAUCGGCGAGUUCUCGCCGCCCGCCAUCCGCGGCCAGCUCACGGGCUUCUUCGAAAUCGCGUACCAGAUCGGCUCGCUCGUUGGGUUCUGGAUCAACUUUGGCAUCACGAGUCACAUGGAUGUUACCAGCAACACGUCGUGGCGCGUCGCGAUGGCCGUCCAGCUCAUCCCCGGCGGCAUGCUCGCCGUCGGAUCCGUCAUCCUAAAGGAGUCGCCGGGGUGGCUGCUGCGCAAGGGCCGCGAGGAGGAGGCGAUGGCGGUGCUCAGCUACGUCCGCCAGCUGCCCGAGGACCACGAGUACCUCCAGCAGGAGGUGGCGAUGUUGCGCGUCGUGAUUGAGGAGGAGCGCAAGUUCGCCGGCGGGAAGACUGGGAUGGGCCCGUAUCUCCGCGCAUUCACAAAGGAGCUUAGGGUUCCGCACGUCCGGCACCGCGUAGACUACUCGCCCACUCUGUUCACAUCAGUCGGGAUCGCUUCCGAGGACGUCAACUUGUACACCGGUUUCUAUGGGCUUGUAAAGGCUGUCGGUGCCAUCACGUUCUGCUUGUGGAUCGUUGACCGCUCGGGCCGACGUGUACCCUGGCUCCUCUCUGCCGGCGGAUGCGCGAUCACCCUCGUCUACAUCGGCGCCUAUGUCAUUGCGGUCGAUCCGGCGUCCAAGAAAGGCAUGCUCACGGGUUCCGAGCAGCGUCAGGGCACGGGUGCUGUGGCCUGCAUCAUGCUGUACUCGUUCAUCUGGUCCUGGGGCGGAAAUUCGCUUGCUUGGAUUGUCUCAGCUGAGAUGUUCCCCAUCUCGAUGCGGUCCAUCACUGGCGCCUUUGGAGCCGCAACCCAGUGGCUGUCGUCGUUCGCCGCCACCAUGUCCGCGCCACACAUGCAGGCGGCUGUUGGCGGCUGGGUGUUCGUGUUCUACGGCAUCUGCUGCUUCCUGACGCUGGUCUUCACUUUCGUCUUCAUCCCCGAGACGCGCGGCACGCCCAUCGAGAGUAUGGCCAAGCUCUUCGGCGGGCCAUCGCGCUACUGCCAGUGGCGGCAGAAGAAGGCGUGGCCGCCCCACGGCAUCCCGCCGCCCGUUACCGAUGACGUGGUGCCGGAGUCGCCCCAGCUUGGCGAGAAGGCGGAGAUCGACUAUCUCGAGAGGGUCUAG